AUGCCGGCCAAAGAAGAUGAUAACAAGUGGUCUUCACAUUAUAAUUUACUGAAAGGUAUUCUAAAUAAAAAUGAAUCAAUUUAUAGCUUUUUUAAUGAUGAUGAGAAAUUAACUCUAAGGGAGAAUGUCAUUGCACAUGCUUUAACAAAAGAUAAUCGUAAUAUACUAAGAGAAAUCGGUCAAAGUGAGGGUGGGUUCGAAUCAUUAAAACUUAGAAAAGAUUGUUGGUAUGAACUCUUGCUUAACCAAUUGGAUUUGGCCAGAAAUUUCUCAAAUCAAAAUUUUGAAAAUGCAAAACCUCACCCCGAUGAGAAUCAAGUUCAUUUGGAUGUACUUCGAUCUUUUGGCUUUGUAGAAGACCAUAAACAAAAGGAAAAACUGAGAUCUCUGCUAGAAAAGAUUAUCGUAAAUAUUCUAAGGAAAUACCCAACUCUACGAUACUAUCAAGGCUAUCAUGAUAUAGUAGCAGUUUUUAUUAUUGUAUUUAUGGUUCAUCCUUAUCAAAAAUCAGUUUGCGAAGCAGAUGAAGAGUAUGACAUUGAACUAACUAGACAAGUCAGUGAAAAGUUUAAGUAUUCAACUCAUAGAAGUGGUAUUAGUAUAGCGAGUUCUGUAAUUGAUCCAAUUACAAACGAAACAAUGUUAUUCCGCUCAGUAGAAAUAUUCACCUUAAUAUAUUUGAGAGACUUUAUGAUGGAUUCAUUAACAUUCCCAAUUUUACAAACUAAGAUCAUCCCAGCAAUAGUUAAAAGGUAUGACAAACAAUUGUAUAUGACUUUAAAGCUAGAUAAAAUGCAACCAUUUUUUGCUAUACCAUCAUUAUUAACUCUUUUUUCACAUCAGUUUAAACCUACUGAAUUAUCAAAUGGCUUUAUAUAUCAGGUAUUUGACUUAAUAAUAUCGAGUCAAUCGAUGUUUAUAUCUAUUAUAAUGUACAUGCAUCUAAUUUUAAUGUCGAAGGACUCUUUGCUUCAAGAAUAUGCUCUGAAUGCGGGAAACUUUGAAAAUGAUAUUGAUUUAUUACACGGAGUUAUGCAGCAACAGAUGAUAAAAAAUAUAACCAAUGAAAAAUUCUGGUCAAUUGUGCUCAUACGAACCCAGUCGUCUAUCAAGAAACCAUUAAAGCUAAAAAAUGCAAGAAAAAUGGUAGAUGAGUAUAGUGUUCUGAGAACAACGGCAUCAGGUAGCAAUCAUCGUUAUAAUAUUAAGUAUGUUCAAAAUGUACUAGCAAAAGAAAUUAAGGCUAGCAAAAAACUGGACUCAUAUUCAAAACAUAAAACAAAGGGAUGUCUUAAAAGUCCUUUACUCAACAUUGCUUGGCAAUCAUACUCCAAAAACAACAUCCUUUUCAAAGUUUCCAUCUUAAUAAUUGCUGUCUCUUUCAUUUACAAGACACAAGAUUUAACACAAAUAGGAGAUUCUCUUUCAUUGCAGCACAACUUCCAUUCAAUUUCAAAAGAAUUUUCUUCUCUUAUGACUAACAAUAUCAACUAUUCGCUGUUGAAGAAAGUUUAUAAUUUCUUCACAUUUUCCUCAAUAGAUUUCGCACCAGAAUUGACUGAUGUAACUCUUGAUUUGAAAUAA